AUUCUAUAUAAAAAAAAGACAAAGAUUCGCAUAGAGAGAGAGGGAGUGGGAUAAUAAUAUCGUUUUCAGCAUGGCAUUUAGUGUUGAAUACAGAACCUCGGCUCUUAGGUUAUGCUUGGUCUUACUUUUUGCUUUUCCGGCACCGGCGAUAAUAACCGGCGCCGCCGUCGUGUAUAGAGUAGGGGAUUCCGCCGGCUGGACGACCAUCGGCAAUGUUGAUUACAAGCUUUGGGCUGCCACCAAAACCUUUCAAGUCGGUGACAUCAUCCGUUUCGAAUACAAUCCUCAAUUUCACAAAGUGAUGCAAGUAACCCAUCGCCAUUACCGUUCUUGCAACACAACCCAUCCCAUCGCCACUCAUACCUCGGGCAACGACUCCAUCUCCAUCGCCUCUCACAGCCACCACUUCUUCCUCUGUGGAGUUCCCGGCCACUGCCAGUCCGGCCAGAAAGUCGAUAUCAAUGUGCUUCAUAACAAUUCUCCUCUUCCCAAAACACCCUCUCUUGCCCCUCCUCCCUUAACCACCACACCAACUCCCAGUGGCGCGAACCAUAUGCUUAGCGGUUUUGAAGAAAUGGUUCUUAGAAUUGGUCUCCUUUCCUUUGCUUUUCUCUAUUUCUAUUGAUAUUAGAUUGUUUUGUUAGGCUCUAAUGUAUGCUAUUUUCAUAUUUGUAAAGAACAUAACCAUUUCACUCUUAUUAGUCCUUGUUAUAUUUGUUGGUCA